AUGGAGCAUCGAGGCACAAUAAUAAAUCGGUUUAGCGAACAGGCCUUUUCAGGCUUUGACCACGAGCUUGACCAACCCAACCGUCAAGAUCUGGCCGUGAUUGAUGUGAUAUCGAGCGUCCAUGGUACAUUCCCCGAAGGCAAACACAGGCGCAAGAAUCAAUCACGAAAAAACUUUGGGACCCCUUUACUGGAAGAUGAUCGAGCCCCAUUUGAGUUAGGGAAGGACUUCAUUGUACGCUCGAAAGACAGGGCUCCUUCAAUCAGGGUCUUCUCUCCGCAGAUUAUUGAGCAUAUACGAAACGAGCUACGAUAUUAUCCUACACUGAAUAUUCCCGACAUUGAGCUUAUUGUCCACCCUCCUUACGAACCCUUGGCCUUUUGCCAUGAUGGGCUCGUAGCUGCAGCACAGGAUGUGGACAAAAAUCUGCCCUCACCUGAUGAAGUCAGCAAUUUGGGCAAGACUCGAAACCACUUUCGUGUGCUUUUAGAUUGGUUUCAGCCUUACUACCAGAAAGAGAUAGAACCGGAAAAAGAUGUCCAUCGGAGGGGCAAAGCAACAUUUCCAAACCUCUGGCUCUUAUACAAACCAGGCUCCACCGUCUUUGCGGGCCAGGGCAAAUCCAUCAGUUUUUACAAGGUCUUGUCUUUCUCUCCCAAAGACGAAAAGCACGAACGACGUUGGGUGCUGUCUGUCUGGGGAUUAGAUUUCAAUGGGCUAAGACUGGGCCGAAGAGCCAAGACAUUUGAAAUUGCCGAGUUUGAAGGCGAGAAAGCUAUUAAGCAGUUGCCCGUGAAGCCAAUUCGACACAUGGAACAAGAUGAUGGGGAUGAAGAGGCCCUUACCGAACGCGGAAAGUCAUACUACCAAAUUAUUCGACAAGCUCCCGUCCAUCUGCAGUACAAGGGAGCUUUGAGCGGAAAUAAUCUCCUGCAAUACUCGGGGAAAAUAAUGAUUGAUCCUACAAAUUAUCCUGCGAAACCGAGGUUAUCAUCUAAUUCCCACCUGCGCAUGCUGGGGACAGCUGCACCGUCAUCCCCAUCAUCUCUUGAUAAAAGAGACAUUGCCUCUGAUUUUGAGGAGCCAAAAGAUAUGGGUGGAGGUCCUCUGUACUCCAAAUUCAAUGACGUGGUAUUGUCGGAAGAAAUACAGCCAGGAGAUGAGGAAAUGUAUCUUCUCAUGCCUAGCAAGAUUCGGGGUUUUGCCCUGGGCAAAAACCAGUGGGCGGAAUUUGACAUCAGCGGCGUCUACGCGUUGGAUCCAAUGUCGGCACCAUUCGGGAGUCUAGCGAUAGGAGACACAGAAUUACAUCUAAUUCGGGCUUUGGGUCUCACCGACUUCACCCUGGAUAGAGAUGAUACUUUUCGGAAUGACUUUGUUCAAGGAAAAGGCUUGAAUCAGGUCAUUCUUCUGCAUGGGCCUCCCGGGGUGGGCAAGACGUUGACCGUGGAAUGCCUGGCCGAGGAGCUAGGAAGACCGUUAUUAAAUCUUACCGUUGCCGACAUUGGAACAAAAGAAUCGGAGAUGGAACAUCGACUCGCAGGUUGGCUUGACCUCGCCCAGCGCUGGAACGCGAUCGUGCUCAUUGACGAAGCCGAUAUAUAUCUCGCAAGAAGGGAACGAAACGAGCUACAACGUAGUGCGUUGGUAACAGCCUUCCUACGCACUCUGGAAUAUUUCAUAGGCUUGAUGUUUCUCACCACCAAUCAACCAGGAUUUAUCGACGAUGCGUUCAACUCCCGGUUUCAUUUGAUAAUUGAGUAUCCGCGAUUGAACGAGGAGCAAAGGACUACCAUUUGGCAAAGCUUCCUACAUAAACUACACCGCGAUCAGGGACAGCACAACCAACCAACCAAGAUCCGGAUCAACGUGCUCGGUGAUGUUCAGAACUACUUGACUACGAACACAGAUGUCAAGGCGCUGGAGCUCAAUGGACGGGAUAUCCGCAACGCGUUCCAUGCGGCAAUUCAAAUAGCCAUCCACAGAACAGAUGAGGAGAACCGGAAGCGGUACCGGAAUCAAGGAAUAGGGCAGCCGAUGACGGAUGUAGACCUCACGGUCAAUGAUAUAAAGAAAGUGAUUGAUAACAAGGCCGCAUAUCGAGCAUACCUGACCAACGUUCACGGCCAGAAUGAGGAAGAGCGCGCUCUAGAUUAUGGAGGCCGACGAACUUGA